CGCCCCACACUCUCUCUCUCAAUUUGUUCUUUCGGCGGCAAAUCAAGGGUUCUAGAGAGAGAGAGAGAGAGAAGGUUGAAUUGAUUAGUUAUGGCAGAACCCGAAGCCCCUCUACGUUAUGUCGGAGUUGACCGAAGCUCCGCCGCCUUCCGCCUCAUGAAACAAAUGGGAUGGGAAGAAGGAGAAGGGCUUGGUAAAGAAAAGCAAGGAAUCAAAGGAUAUGUUCGGGUGAAGAACAAACAGGAUACUUUAGGUAUAGGCACAGAGAAACCAAAUGCGUGGGCUUUUGAUACCACUCAGUUCGAUAGUAUACUCAAGAAAUUGAAAGUGCAAGCGGUUACAAUCAACAAUGAUGAAGUUGAUGAAAAAGAUGAAGAAAAAGUAGCCGAGAAAAGCAGCCCUUUGAAGGACAAAGAAGAAGCAGCUGUCAAGGUUACUCGACCACAAGGGAGGUAUCAAAAAAGAGAGAAGGGGAAGCGGGUUCAUUCUUAUUCUGCAAAGGAUCUUGAAGGAAUCCUUGUAAACAAGGCGAAAUCUCCCGAGGCUAAUUAUGGAGAGGACAAAAAGUCAAUGGAUAUUAAUCUUGCUGAUAUCGAAGAAGAUCAUGUGAUAGGAGAAGUUCAAGAUCUUCCACCAGGGUGGUGGGGACACAAAUUAGGGUUUAUUUCCGGAGGUUUGCUUGGUGCCGAGUCUCAGAGAAAGAAGUUGCUCUUGUCUGGGAAUGAUCAAAAAAAUUCAAACGGCAGAACUAUGUUCAAUGAGGACGAUCAAGAAAAUCUCUACAAACUUGUUCAGGACAAGGCGACAUCUGGAAAACAAGGGCUUGGAAUAAAGGACCUUCCGAAAAAAGUUGCAGGCUGCUUUUUCGAAGGAAAAAAGACAACUUUCGGUGAUAGUGAUGACGAGGAUUCCUCCAACUCACCUUCGUCAAUGAAAAGGAAACACGAAGAAAAUAUGGACAUGGAUAAUAACGGUGCUGAACAGAAGCCAAAACUUAAGAAGUUGUGUCGGCAGCUUCUUCGGCAGGUGCCUGGUGAGUCAUUAAAGCUGAAGCAUCUCAAAGAACUCGUCGAUAAACACUCCCCUUCGAUUUUUUCCAGCUUCUCUUCCGAAGAGGCAAUUACUUGUUUAAAGGAAAAGCUUGAGAGCAGUGACAGGUUUUCGGUCAAGGGGAAGAAAGUCUUGCACUCGAAAAGAAGUUGAUGAAAACAAUUUUUUCAAUUAAUAUAUUUGCUGAGGAAGAUAAUCGUAAUAUGCUUCUUUCUUGGUUUUCACGGGAACAUGAAAGAGUUAAUAAGAGCGAUAGGUAUAGAGUUUUAGUAAAAGAAAGUUGAAAAUGUGUGUUAUUUUAUUGAGGAGAGUACAAUAUGAGCUGAAUAUUUGUUAUUAUGGUCUGUAAUAAUUUUUGUAGUACUAGGUCUAUUGUUUUUGAACGAUUCUUUAACAUACACAUUUGUAUUUGAAUUUUUGAUAA